GGGGUGUGGUGAGGGUUCUACAUAUGGUUCUUUAAUUUAUCAACCAAAUUGGUUGGAAUCGGGGCUGCCGAGUUAUGAGAAGGUCACUUUCGGAGCAAUAAUUGGAUUUUUAAAGUGUGUUUAUUGAUCAUUCUGUUUAGGUAGUAGUUACACGGGGUUUUUAUGGCCGUAUGAAAUUCAGUUGUUAUCUUUGUUAGGCGGAAUGAAAUGACUGGAUUAUAAAUAAAAGGUGUUAAUGAGCUCCGUUAUCACAAGCUGAUGACUUAGUACCUUACAGUGAGUCAAAGCCAGCUGAAAACAUUGAGGACUGAUCCAGUCCAAGUGCUUGUCCCUUUCCUUCUCUGGGUUAGCAGAAGGGCAGUUCGGUGUGUGCAGGAGAUAUAAACGCUGCUUGUUCUUUAAUUAACCUUGAGGAGUUUAUUUGACCUAGUUUUUUGUUUGGCAAUGGAGCGAGCAAAGGAGUUGUUGCCCUCUCAAUGUCUGCAUUUCCCUAAGGAUUUCCAUGAAUAAAGAGGAAUAGGCUGAUGUGUAACUGGUGUGUCCACUUAAUGUUGUAUUCUUCCACUUUGAUUUUACAUAAGGACUGCCACUGUCACCUGCUGAGGUUCUGCCCUGGCUGUGUCCCCAGAUAACCCAGAAUCACUGGAAUUGUUGACAGAGGGAAAUACUGAGUGCUAUCGAUCUGGUUUGAGUUCCAGGGUUGCACCCCUGCCUGGCACCAGCGAAGGAGUUUGGCCACUGCUGGGAUACAAAGGCUGAACUAAGCGAAUCUGUAACCUGGGUGCUGAUCCAGAUGUUGCUGUGGAAUACCAAAAACGUGCUGUGAUGACCUCCUCUGUACCAGGUCGUUCUUUAUAAUGUAGCUGCGUCUGAAGACAUCCCUGUGGCUUUGUGUCAUGCUGAGUAACAACAUGGGACAUUGUUUCCUGGGAGGGGGAGCCAUGAUUCCCAGGAAGCUGAAGCCCUUUCUCUGCAGGAUGCUGUCGGGUUACAAACCCAAAAACGACAUCAAGGACUCCUACAAAAUUCUGGAGCUGGAGGAAGGAUGUUCCCCCGACGACGUCAGGAAUUCCUAUCGCAACCUUGCCAAAAAAUACCACCCGGACAGCAGCUCGGGCAUGGCCGACUCCAAGGCCUUCAUCAAGGUGGAGGAGGCCUACAGGGUUGUGCUGAGCGACCUGGCGGCCAAGCAGAAAUCCGAUCCUGGAGAGGAGGAGGAUGAGGAGCAGCUGAAAGCCAAAUCCCUGCAGCACAGACACUACCUGAGCUUCGAGGGCGUGGGCAUCGGCACGCCGAGCCAGCGGGAGAAGCAGUACAUGCAGUUCCGCGUGGACCGCGCCAGCGAGCAGGUGCUGCAGUACCGGCAGCAGCGGCUGGAGAGCCGCUACGGCGGCGGCCACCUCAGCACGGCCAAGGACGUGCGCCAGAGCAAGAAGGUGAAGAUCACCCAGGCGGUGGAGCGGCUGGUGGAGGACCUCAUCCAGGAAUCCAUGGCCAAAGGCGAUUUCGACAACCUCAGCGGCAAAGGGAAGCCGCUGCAGAAGUUCUCGCACAGCCCCCACAUCGACCCCAUGACGCACAACCUGAACAGGAUCCUCAUCGACAACGGCUACCAGCCCGAGUGGAUCCUGCUGCAGAAGGAGAUCCGGGAGACCAUCGAGCGGCUGAGGAAGAGCGUGGUGGCCUCCAGGAGGAAGCUGGGGGAGCCCAUGACGCUGCCGGAGCAGAAGCAGUGGGGCCGCGUCUGCGAGCAGCUGGCGGAGGACAUCAGGAAACUGAACAAGAGAGUAGACGACUUCAACCUGGUGGUGCCCAUCCUGAGCAGGCAGAUGGUGCAUUUCAGCACGGACAAGGAAAUCCUGAGGGCGAGGAAGAUGUACGAGGCUGUGCUGGAAAAGGGUUCUGAUCCAGACACGAAGGAAAACGAGGGGGAGGAGGGCAAAAGGUUUGGGUGGAGGUCUUCUCUCUUGAAGUGGUUAAAACUUACGCCGAAAUAAUUUCAUGCUAAUUCUUCCUGUCAAGGUUUUGAAUGCACUUUAUUAAUGAAAUAUAGCACCAGGUUCACUGAAAAUGUCAAAUGCACACUGUCACCUUAUUUGAAGGAAAUUUGGUUGUGUGAUGAGCAUUAGUAUUACUAAUAAUUGAGUUAUUUUUAAA